UAGUGAAUUAGAGUUUGGCAGAAGUUAGAGAGAGGUGAGAGAGUCUUUUCUCUCGAUCUUCUCUCCCCACCAACUCUCCGCUUCGACAUCUCCUCUUGCCUCUCGUUCCGGUGGCCGACGGAGGGUCUCUACCCGUCGGUCGCCACCCCGUUUCGUCACCGUUUCCUAGCCUCUGCCCUCUCAUGCUUCGGUCUCUUCCACUUCCUCCUUGCUUCAUCUCCUCUGUUUAUCGCUGGGUUGCGGCCGGACCAGGCGAUUCAAACCGGUGGCUGUGGGUGUCCUCAGCUUCCCUGGAGAGAUGGCGAUGUCGUGGUGAGCCGGAUCUGAGCUGGAGGCGUCGUCAAACUGGUAGAUCUAGGGUUUCGCCCGGAGUAGAUCUGGGUCAGAUCUCUCCUGGAGGGUUCGCCGGAGUGGCCUUGCGUCGCUGCCUUCGCCGUUCUGGUCAGUAUACUGCCUCCUCUGUCUCUCCCCUGUCUCCGCUUGCGAUGCUUUGGUAAGAACUUCCCCCUCUUGUUCCAAGUUGAAAAGACGGUUCGAGGCUCACCGUCGGGGACUUCUUUUUCGGUAAUGGUUCCUCGACAACCACCUGGUGUUUCUUUUGGUUUCGAUCUGUUUGGGAUUGGGUUGGAUUGGAGUUUCGUGCCGUUACUCUGCUCAUCUGACUUCCUAUGAUGGGUCUCUCCUCCUGUUUCGCCUGCUGUAAGGAGCUCUUGUUCCUCUGUUCUUCAAGCUUCAGAAGGAAGCUGGUUGUUGUCCUCUGCCUCUCUUGGUGUUCUGUGGCCGGAAUCCCUCGUGCUCUGCUUGUGUGGUGGGACCAGAGUCCAGCCGUUUAAACCUCUGCUUCCACCUGCAAGUACUCACCUUAGCUUCAUAUACCGGUUUCUCUACAUCGGCUAGGAUUCUCAGAGUAUGGUGUAGCAGUUUCUUGAGAUAGCAACGUCUGGAGUGGACUUCAUUUGCUUGCGAUGGCCGGACCAGGGCUUGCCAAUCCUGCUUCGCCUGUCCUUCUUUUGAUGUCGCCUUCGGGAUAGUCUGCGGCUCCUCGGACUGUUCUCCGGUUGCGAUUCUCUACUGACCCGAGUGAUCUUGAUGCAGGUGCCGACUUCAAGAUCUUCUCUCUGGUCUCCUGUUAGCUAAAUGGUUGUCUUAGGAUCUAUUAAACUAGCUAAGCUUUCUCGCAGCCUCAUGGUUGUGACUGAGCCUUCUUAGUCUUAGUGAGUCUUUUUACUUUUUUUGUGGCUUACUAUGGCUCCAUUGCUUUGUCUUGUUGACUUAGCGACUUAGAUUCAAUAGGAUUAGAUCAGUCGAAGUCCAUUGUAUCUCUAUGCCUCAUUAUUAAGUUAAUGAAAUUCACAUACUUAACAAAAAAAAAAUGUUAACAAUACAGGUGUUAUUAGUCUUUCGGUCAAAAAAAAACAAUACAGGUGUUAUUCUAGAUAAAAAAAACAAGACAGCUGUUGUUCUAGUUCAAAAAAAAAAAUACAGGUGGUAAUUAUAGUUCAUGUAUGCAGUGUAUCUGGCCGGAAAUACAAAGGAUAUACACUCUAAUGCUUUUUAACUGUAUCUAGCACGUGAUAUCUAUAGUUAGAUCAUGAAUGGAGUGUAUCUGGAUGGAAUUACAUAGCAUAUACACUCUAAUAUCGUCUUAAAUGAUAACUAUGGCAUGUGGUAUUUAUAGAUCGUGUAUCUGGACGGAAACACAUAGUAUAUACACUCCAUGGUUAGCUAUACAGGUGGUAUAUAUAGGUCAUGUAUGGAGUGUAUCUAGAUGCAAAUACAUAAACUCCAUUCUCAAAAAAAUAUACAUAAACUCUAAUAAUCUCUCUAGAAAACUUAGCGAUGAAUCUUUCUGCUAUCACUCAGGGAAACGACAAUGACGUUCCGGCGCCGGGAAAUGAGUUUGCACAGUUCGCCGCUGGAUGCUUCUGGGGCGUGGAGCUGGCGUUUCAGAGAGUCUCCGGUGUGAAUCAUACGGAGGUUGGAUACACCCAAGGGUUCCUCCACAAUCCUUCAUACGAGGAUGUCUGCACGAACACAACGAACCAUGCAGAGGUUGUCAGGGUUCAGUAUGAUCCCAAAGAGUGCAACUUUGAGUCUCUGCUUGAUGUCUUCUGGUCUAGACAUGACCCCACCACCUUGAAUCGCCAGUGUGAUCAGGGAAAAGAUGUGGGAACCCAAUACAGAUCAGGGAUAUACUUCUACACACCUGAGCAGGAGAAACUAGCGGUGGAGUCAAUGGAACGUCACCAGAAACAAAUGGAGAGUAAGAUCAUGACUGAGAUUCUACCAGCUAAGAAAUUCUACAGAGCUGAGGAGUAUCAUCAGCAGUACCUGUCAAAGGGUGGGCAGUCCUGUGGCAUAGCCUGCAACAGUCCACUCAUGUGCAGCGCUGCUACGGCUUAAAAAUGCUGAGUUUCCUCUGCUUAUCUCCCAAAAUAGAGGACGUUAGAGACUUGUUUGCUACACAAUAUGAGCAUCAACCAAAUGCCUAAUAAGUGUAACAAGUUACUUUCGUGUUUCAAUGUUAGAGACUAUAUAAAUGUAUUGAUGUUAUUGAAUUAUUGAUUCUUUAGAUUUGAGCGAAUCUUAUGGAUGAAAAAAAUAAUAUGAUGGAUAAGGUUUCUCAU